AUGGAGACUGCACUGAGACCAGAGUCCGCCAUGGCCAGGGCCGAGCGGGAGAUGGAAACGUCAGGCAUUGCCAAUCCCACCAGUGUGCAGAAGCCACCAGGAAUUUCAGUGUCUGUGCAAACAGAAGCUAGCUGGCUUUAUGAACAUGCCUACGAAAAAUCACCCCUGCCAGACAAGUUCAGCAGUUUAGAUACUUUGUGCAACUUGGAGUUCAAAGAAGAUUUUGUGAAGCUGUUCAAGCAAUCACUACAGACGCUCCCCUCUGUUGGCCUGCCGACUAUUCUGGCCUACAGACCUGAAUCAUCAUGGGACAGCAUGCAGAUUGAGGUAGAGGAGGAUUGCACUCCAAAGUGUGAGUUCUGUGGGAGCCUGCUGAAGCCAUUUCCUUCCUUUGAGGACACUUGCCCACAGUCACAGGAUUAUGAAUCAAAGUUCUGCUGUGAGCAGAAUCGAGACCUCUACGAGUUCAUUGUAAAGGAAACAAAGAAUCGCGAAAGUGCUUGGAAUGUUCCCAUUGCUAUUAAACCCCACAAGUCCCAUGGCACUGAAGCUGAAAGACGCCUGUCAAAGGAGAGAGCGUACCAGAGGCAGCAGGAGAGACAAAUGGCCAGACAGUUAGCUUUCCUGGCAGCUGAGCCAACAACUGUAGCCGAAUGUUCAAGACAACCUGGCGUGAUUUCUUACCUGCUUUCUCAGGAGCUACCAUCUCCAACAGGCUGGACACUGGUACCUGGUGAAAGAGCAGCAAAGCUCAAAGAGGAGCCCAUCUCCUACAGCAUCACCUACUGUGAUUUCAGCGUUGUGGGCGGAAAGGUAGUGAAGAAUGAAUUGUUGGAAAGAUACUACAAACAUGGAGGGAAAUUUCUUACCAUGCUUCCAGAUGGAACAGCGCAGUUAUUCUAUCCAUCUGGAAAUCUGGCAAUCAUUGUUAUACGAGAAAGAAAAUGGUUUAUUUGCAUAGUACGGGAAGACAAGCACAAUAACGCCGAAAUACAAGCAGUAUUUAAGUCCAAUGGCAGAAGUACUUGUUAUUACCCACACGGAUCUGUAUGGAUAAACAUGAAUGUUCAGGGAGGGCAGUAUUUGGACAAGGCAGGCAGCAGGGUGAGAAGGUGGAUGUGGCCAAACAGCUUAACAUCAUCAGGACCCUGCGUCCCACUGAGCCCCAUCUUCAUCUCCCUGAACCAGCACGUUGGGGUCAGGAUUGUGGGCCAGGACAAGAUCACUGUUUCCUUCCUCGCCAUGGGACAACAAGCAAAAUUCAACGUGGGAACCAAAGUGCAGGUCGGCCCGGCCAGCCGGCUGCGUCUGCCCACCCCGCUGAGUGAGGACGACCUCCUGCUGCUGGCCCUCAGGGUGAGGAUCCUGCGGCUCUUCGAUAAAUUGCGUGGAUGCUUAAGCUUUCCUUCCAGCGAGCAAUGGGACAAAAUCAAGCCUCCAGCAUACCUUAUGACACAGACUUUAAAGAUCUUACACCUUUGCACAACUUCUGACCUAAGUGAAGAGCUGCGCAGCUCGGUUAGGGCGCUACUAAAUGCUCAGGUCUGA